AUGGCAUUUGAGUUCCGGUUACGGCAUCCUCCGUGCGACAUUUCAUUCCUUGCCGUUGUCGAUGCCCCGGUUCUUUACAAUGCCGGCGGCGCCGCGAACGAUGCUGUCAAGGAGGCGACCAUCCGUCAGAUUGGAUGGCACCCGCUGCACCUGCCAGAGGAAUGGUUUUUCUCCGAGAAAUCCCGUGCGAUGACGGAGCGGGUGUGCUGCACGAUGCAGUGCACCAUCCAGUAUCUCGCGCACCAGCAGAAGAAACUAGAGGCGGAGGCGGCGAAGACGCAGCGCAGGUUGGAGGAGAUGCAAGAGGAACGGGAUGAGGCCUUUGAGGAACUCAUCGAGCUACGGGAGGUGGUUGCGCUAAUGAAGCAGCGCUACGGGGAGGGAAGUCGGAGAGGGCCAACAGCAGCUCCAGCGGGAUCGCUCUCUCAGGUUGGGAGGUCUGGGCAUUCCUUCACUUGCUCCCUCUGCGGUAACUGUUAUCCAUCAUCAUCAUCGUUACAGUCACAUGUGCUGAAGCGUCAUCACAGAGGGCAGCGUUAUGCCACCAUGGCUGCGGCUUCAGUGGCAAUUCGAAAACAGGUAAUAGGGGCCGUUGACCCGCCAAGAGACGCACUCAUCGAGGAGCUUACGUCUUUGAGAUCAGAUGUAGCGUUUCUUCGUGGGGCCGUAGCAGCGGAGUGCGAAAAGCGGCGGGAAGAGGCGCAGUCGUCGUUUUUCUCUCCCAUUAAUGUCGUGGCACUGCCGGCCCACCAUCUGUCAGCUUCACCCGCCCCUAUCCAGCCUGACGGUGUUCUUGCGUCAUCGGAACGGCAGCAGCAACAGCAACAACAACAACAACAGCUAAUCAAUGCGUUACAGGACGAGUUGCAGUUCACGAAGUCCCGCCUGGCCCACAUGGGGGAGGCACUGCGUCACAAGGAGGAAGUUAAACGUGGUGGGCGUGAGAAACAGGCCAGUAUCUCUGCGAACGAGCAAGUGGAGGCGUCACCUUUAUUGAAUACCACAAUAACUUCUGCCGAGAGUAAGUCUUGUCACCCUGAUGACGGUCCUGCUGCUGUGUCGGCCAACUCACUUGUUUUUUACUCUGGUCGCUGCGGUGCGCCAGUACAGGAAGUGUCCAACACAUCUCCCCAGCGAAGGGAAGCGGCACUGCCUGAACGCCAAGACGAGAAGGCAUCUGCUCUUCAUGCGGUGAGCUCGGCGCACUGCCUGAACUCCCCUGCACCGUCACAGCACCCUCUGCUGUUGUCUCUCGCACAAAAGGACUCAACACAAUCACAGCUGCUUGCCGCGCUCGAGCCGGAGCGUUCGGAAUCGCCAGGAAACUACAGUUGUAUCGCAACCACUGUGGAGAAAAAGAAACUGAUUGCUGAUGCAGCGGAUUCCACGAGUAUGCCAGUUGGUAUAAAUGUGGGAGCACAUUCGCAGGAAUGGAGUGAUGUCCAGCUGAAGAGCCCGGCUUACGUGGAUUUCGGUAGCCUCACGGGCAGCAACGCCCUUCGAGUCGGCGAACUUGCGUCCGCGAGCCGGCCCUCACUCGCAAGGAACAUAUCGGAUGAAGCUGCAAGACGGGCAAUAUCCGACGCGAGCCAAACACCUAACAGGAAGGAUGCCAACUUGGGCUCUGUGCGGAGUCUUGAGCCGGCAUCCUGGUGUUCCUCCUCAUCCUCAUCUUCCUCCUCUUCCUGCGGUUCCUCCCCCCUCGGUGGAGGCUCGGUUAGCUAUGGAUCUCCGCCCAGUUUUUUGGGCCGUUCUCCGCAGCAACACCAACUCCAGGAGCGCCCUCCAAUGGAGCAAGCACAUGCCAAACAGGCCACAGCGUCGAGCGCCACUAGCAGCUUGCAUAUAGGCUGUGAAGAUGAGAGGGAAGCAGCGGCAAAGUCCCGUGUGGCGGGAGCCCAAUCAAAGGUAGCGGAGGAUGCUCACGCUGGAAAGGGCAAAAAGCGGAAGGGGCCUAUAUCGUUUAUCUCAAAAAUAUUCGGGAAGCGCAAGAAGUGA